UCGGAAGAAGAAGCACGCAAAUGAGUCGACAAUGACGUGUUUUAAAUACUUCUACCUUUCUAGAUAACAACGAUGAAUAAACAACCCCAAAAAAAAUUAAAAUAAAGAAGACAAAAUCAGAAAAAAAGAUAGUUAUGACAAUUAACAUCAAAUUAAGUAACGUAAACUGAAUCAUCAGUCCAAUCCCAUUAAAAUCCAAACUACUACUCCUAAAUGGAUUUGACAGCUACAUAAUAACAUAUGAAUAUAUGAUGAUCAAAUUCUCAAAAUUCCACCAUUGUUUGUUUGAACUUCUUUACGCUUUAUACCUUAACCAUAAACUAUGAUCUCAAUUCGACAACUAUGCCGGAGGAAGCCUCUCAAUUUCGGUCUCCGAUUUCUUUAUUCUUAUUCCUCUUCUCCUCGCACGGCGUCAGCGUUGGCGGUCGGUUCUGAGUUCCGGCGUCCUUUCUUAGGGUUCCUCGUUCCGUCUCGAUUUUGUCGAGUAAUUAAGCCUAAUGAUCUGCCGAGUCUCCACUAUUCCUUCAAUGCUUCUUGCUUCACAACCCAUGCUGCUACUGAGUCUUCAUUGGGUGAGUUGGUUGAAGUUCCUCUGGCACAAACAGGUGAAGGUAUUGCUGAAUGUGAGCUUUUGAAGUGGUUUGUACAAGAGGGAGACGAAGUUGAAGAAUUUCAACCACUUUGCGAGGUCCAAAGUGACAAAGCUACCAUAGAAAUAACCAGUCGAUAUAGGGGAAAGAUUUCACAUAUUCUUCAUGCUCCAGGGGACAUUGUGAAGGUUGGAGAAACACUUUUGAAGAUGGCUGUUGAAGAAUUUUCUCCUUCAACUGUAAGUGAUGGUAACACUGAAUCCAAUAUAUCUGAUCCUGUUAAACAAGAUGAGUUAAGUAGUCAAGUUUCAAUCUCAAGUAAAAGUAGGUUGAGUGGCAUACUGUGCACACCAGCUGUUCGUAACUUAGCCAAGCAACAUGGAAUUGACAUUAAUGAUAUUAAAGGUAGUGGUAUAGAUGGAAGGAUAUUAAAAGAAGAUAUUAUCAAUUAUGCCAGUGCUAAAGAUGUUGCUGCUGAGCCAUAUGCAUUUUGCUCUGACAAAUUAGUGACUGGGAGUUCAUUGUAUGAAGACAGAACCUUACAGCUAAGGGGAUUCCAACGCGCGAUGGUCAAGUCCAUGACAAUGGCUGCCAAAGUUCCUCAUUUUCGUUAUGUUGAAGAAAUUCAUUGUGGAGGACUUGUAGAACUUAAAGCAUCUUUUCAGAAUGCAAACCCCGAUCCAAGUAUAAAGCACACUUUUCUUCCAUUUUUGGUCAAAUCACUAUCAAGGGCAAUAAACAAAUACCCCCUUUUAAAUAGUUGCUUCAAUGAAGAUGCGAAUGAGAUCAUUAUCAAAGGCACUCAUAAUAUUGGGAUUGCCAUGGCUACUCCUUAUGGUUUGGUUGUACCAAAUGUCAAGAAGGUUCAAUCCCUUUCUAUAUUGGAGAUAACCAAGGAAAUUUCAAGGUUGCAACAACUGGCAACAGAAAACAAGCUUAGUCAGGAUGAUAUAUCUGGAGGAACAAUAACCAUCAGUAACAUUGGAGCCAUUGGUGGAAAGUUUGGUUCUCCUCUAAUUAAGUUGCCUGAAGUUGCGAUAAUCGCAAUUGGUAGAAUUCAGAAAGUUCCUCAUUUUAAAGAAGACGGGACUGUGUACUCCGCACCUGUAAUGAAUGUAAAUAUUGGUGCUGACCAUAGGGUGUUAGACGGAGCAACAGUAGCAAAAUUUUGCAACGAGUGGAAAUCAUUUGUUGAAAAGCCGGAGCUGCUCCUUUUGCAUACAAGAUGAUUGUCGUUUCCUGCAAGUAGGAAGGAUUCCGUUUAUGAAAUCUGGUCACAUCAAGACUGAAAUGUAGGAUCCUUAUUUUCGGUUAUCUUCCAUUUCCUCACAUUUGAUUUCUUAGGCAUUAUACUGCCUCAAAUGCUCUUGGGGAAGUAUAAGUAACUUAAUACUUUGUUUUUUCUUUUAUUUGCAACUCAACCUCAAACCAAAGGAAGAUAUAAUAAACCGAAUUUGUCACAAUUCUACGGGUCUUAUUCUCUUCACCUUAUUCACAUAGUAAAAAUUAUUUUAGGUUGUUGAUUGAUGUUCCCAAAUUCAACAGUGUAGUUAGUUCUAUGUAUUUUCUAGCACCAAAUAUGCUAGUGAGUUUGUUAUAUUAAUUUUUUUUUAAUUAAGAUGAAUUCUUGUGUAGUGGAA